AUAAUUUUUAAGUGUGACAGUAGUGUAUUCAUAGUCAAGAGCGAAUCACCCGACGAUCUUCGAAACAACAACGAAAUACAAAGCCACAUAGCCAGUACAUAUAUAAAAAUCUUGAGCUAAAAUCAGUGAAGAGUACACAAACUUGAUUAUAAAAACUUAUAUAAUAACUCUAAAACAACAAGGAAAAUAUAAAAAACCCGUAUCCAUACACGAUGGCCACCGUUCAACGUAAAUUGGUUCACAAACAAUUCAACUCCCCCAUGGGACUUUAUUCGCAGCAAAAUGUCAAGGAAACAUUGGAUCGUGAGCUGAAGGCUUUCGGCGCUGAUGGGAUUGAAGUUGAUCCCGAAAUUACCAAAACAUUGGCUAACUCAGCUGUUUUGCGGGCCGUAGAAGAAGAAGAGCAAAUGAAAUGCGAUGUUACUUGUGAACGGCAAAGUCGCCCGCGGCAGCGCAGACCGCACCCUACGGCGUCUGAGUACUAUGAGCAGUACUAUGACCAAGUCAUGCACACACCAGUGCACCAGCAGCAGUUGGAGCAAAUCAAAACGCAAUACCUGUGCCAUCAGCACGACAUCACCAUUGACCGUGAUACGGUGUUGAAGAUAAAUCGCCUUGCCACACGCAGGAAUUUGCAUAAACGCGACCACAGCUGGCCGCCACCGUGCAGCGAUUACGCUAUGGGGGCUGAAACCAUUGCUCCAAGCAGUGAGGCCGUGGUGGCAGUGGGCCGCGGAACGCAAUCACUCACACACUCGCGUAGUUCUUCGAGAGAACAGCAAAGCCAUCAAUUGCGACAUGAACAGCAACUAAAGCAACAACAACAACAAGCCAAAAGCAAUGGUACAAACAAUGCAUUGCACUUCGCGGAGAGCGUUUGUAAGCAGCAUGGCAUCGAUGCGAUACGUGAGAAAUUCAAUAGUCCCACGCGAAUAAUUGAACCGACGCCCACCGAGUUGCGGCAACGCAAUAAAAUGGAGCAAUUGCAAUUUCGAAAGCAAAAACUACAGAAAAAUGCGACAAAUAAAUCAGCACGUGUCACCGAUAGCUCCCCUGAGACGCGCACGAACAUCUCUACCGAUGGCGUUGUUGGCAAGGCGCAACAAACAUUGACAAAUGUGUACAAUAACACGGCUAAUACAUCAUCGGUCAAUGCGGCUGUAGAUUCUUUAGGGUGCACCAUCGCGGCGAAUGUGGCAGAAACCACCAGUUGGCCUACAGCCAUAAAAAAUGAUGAGCGGAGAGGGGAGUUGACUAAUAUUGCCACCACUAACAGCUUCGAUGCUUCACAUGAUUACAGUACGCCGAUGGCGCGCGGCUUCUCCGCACCCGAAACAAAAGCGGCCGAUGAAAAUAUUGGAUUGGUGGAGCCACGCCGCUAUUAUUUCGAACAAUUGGCGCGUCGCGAUGAAGGACCGCCUAAAAAAUGGCACAGUUAUGACAAUAUUGUCGCUGUCACAUCGGACCAACAACAAAUCACCAAGCAAAGUGUUGCAACAGCCGCCAUCAAUAAUAAUAGACAAUCACAGUCGCUAGAUCGCGGACGCGCACAGCAACAGCGUAGACGGGAGCAGUUGCCACCACAAAAGCCACGGUCAGCCGGCGGUGCGGCCAGUGGUGGCAGUAGUCCCGCUGCGCGUAUCACACCAGUGAGCAGUACAAGCGAAUUCAAUGUAACGCCACUAAAAAGCGAAAGCAGAGAUUUUGGGGAUGGUCGCACUGGCGUGGCAAAGCCAACGCUACUAACGAGCCAUCCAUCAAGAUCGAGUGAAGGCAUGUCACCGCGCGUACAGCGACGUGCCAUUAAAUUGGCAACCGAGAUAAAAAUAUGUUACGAUGACUCGGGCGCUGUUCAAUCAUUCGGUUCAACUGCUGCGCACUUGGAUGAUAACGGUGGAUUGGCUUCCAGUAAUAAGCGACAAAUUCAAACUGAAGCUACUAAAGCUGCACAGCUUCAAAAGAGUAACGAUAAAAAACUGCCAACAGAGCCAGUUGGCACGCAGACGGUGGGCGACCUGGAAGACAUACCACUGCCGGCGCCACCAAAAGUUGAAAAUAUUUCAUCUACAAACGCAAAGCACAUGACAUGUAGUAAUGCCGCGGGCACGGGCUUCGAGCCUUCAAUUGUGGUGCAACGAACCCAGAAACCGUCCAGCCAAACACAUAAACAGCAGCAACAAAGACGACGCUGUAAUAGCGAAAGAAUCAUACCAAUCGAGCUGGAAAAGCAUGACCCACUUGAACACCGUAAACCACUUAAAGAAGCGCCCCGUCGCGAUCUUAGCACUGUUAGCGCGGAUCAGCUUUACGAUGAUGCUUGCAUAUAUUUGCGUUCAAUCGAUUUGGAUGACCGAACCGUCGCAUACAUACCCGCCGCAAUUACAAUUGUACCCUCACCCCCUGAGGAAAUGUUGCAACAUGCGACAACUGAUGGACAUUCGCCGACACUCAAGGCCGGUAUAGUUACUAGGAGACGAAAAGAGCAGCCUCCGUCAGUUACUGCUCGUACAUCGUCGCAAACUUUCGCCACCAUGCCGAGGGCAAAUACUGAAAAAUCCACCUCAGUACCUGGAUCUUCGAAACAGUCAAUUGCUAGUGAGGCUAUUAAUAGAAAGAGUAAUAAUAAAGUUAAUUGCAAUGGUGGCUAUAAAAUGAACGUGCCACCAAGCGAACCAAAAGAGGCUCCGUGCAAAAAACCCACACGCUCAGACGCAUACCAAUUACCCAUAUAUAAUACCUCCGAUAUAAAAUUGGAUGCAGCACAACCAAAAAACCUGCAGAAAGCGAUGAGAAGCGCCAACGAAAAUGAAGUUGCCAAAAGCAACAUACAAGCCGCCGCAGGACAACAGGGCCAGCAAAGAAUACGGUCCAAUCGACCUCGCGGCAUUUACUACACCGAUGGUGAAUACUUGUAUGGGCCAUUUGGUGAGAUUCCUGACACGUUUGAAACACACAUCACACCAACAACAGUAAAGCAAGCACCAGAAACGAGCAAACGAAAUUGUGCUGAUGGAAAUGAGUGGCAAAUAAACAACAAGGCGACGAAGGCACGGCAGAAAGAGCAACAACAAAAGGCAGCAUGUCGCAAUACAAUAAACAUGCAACGCGCUCGGUGGCCGCCCACGACAACGGUGGAGCCAACUAAUGAAGGACCAAGUCGAAAUUCUGAGCUAAUGGAAGUGUCAGAAGCAGAACUGCAGGGGAAAAAUGCUAUCGAAAUAGCGGCGCUCGAAACAAAAUAUGGACGCUUUCAGCAAUCAAUUGCCGAGCAUCUGCGUCAAAUUGACACCUACAUGGAAAAUGCAAAAGCCGCGCUAAAUCGCAGUUUACCUCAUCCACAACAAGGGCAUGAGCAUGAAUAUGACAAAACCUGCCUCCCAAAAGUAUCAAGGCAAUCAGCUCCACUGACAACCCAAACUCAACUGGAACAGUCUCAGCUACAGGACCAACAAGGCGUCGAAGCCACGCUCGCACCGGAGAGCCCCCUGCACACGAUAGCCCGUCAGUGGUUGGCGCACCGACCGCUGCACAUUGUUAGUGACACUGAUGACAAUCUGCAUGAAAUGGAAGCUCUUGUGCAUCCUGUCGUGCUGGAAAAUAUGCCUGUGGUUGAGCAGGCUCUGCAGGAUUUGUCCGCUAUUAAGGUGGAUGGUACAGCAGCAAAUCUGACGGCCAAGUAUGCGGGCGAUUUAGGAAGUCGAAGUGGCGACGAUGGCAGUGUAUUACAGCCACUAAUGCGUCGUCUGAUUGCGGUGCAAAGCAAACAGCCGAGCGCAGCACUCCCAGACCACGCAGUCACUUUGAAGGAUCGUAAAGAUAUCGAAGGAUUGCUGCUGAUUGAGCACCAUAUUGCACCCACUGCAAGUUUAGCGAAACGUGUGACUAUAUUGGAAAAUCUGGACGAUGCCGCUGCUCCGCCUAGGAGUAAGCCUAGUAAUUUCGUCCUAAUUGGAAUUGAAGAAGGCAAUAAGGAGUAUAACGUUAGCCACGAGAUUGGAGCGGUAAAUGACAAAAUUGAUGACAGCAAUAAUUGCAAGCGCUCAGCAGAUAAGAGUUGUAAUAACAUUGCUGAGUCGAAGGAAGAUCCAACCAUGGCUGAAAUGUCUACGGAUAAUGGAAACGGGCAAGUUAAUAUUACAAACACGGUUGAUGAAGUCGCAAAUCAGCAGACGCCUUCAGGUACGAGCGGUCGAUUCGGUCACAAAAUCAACUCGAAAUUAGGCGCUAAAUCAACAAGUACUUUCGAUAUAAUCACGGCAGGUAAAGGCACCAACGAACAUGUGAUUGAUGUUGUUGGCAAUUAUGAGCAACUAAUGCAGUUGCAACAAGGCAUGACGCCGGCAGCGAAACCAAAAGCAACAGCAGUAACUAAAAGUAAGCACACACAAACACAAAAACCACAGUUUCAGGAGGUUUCACUCAACCGCCCAGACCUGUGUGCCGCAAAAACAACACCUGUACCCAGACGACGUGCAACCACAUUGACAGGCGAAAAGCCUACAACAUGCACAACUGGAGCACGACCAGCAUUCACAGUGUCGGCGGACGAAGGUGGAAGCGAGCAACAUAAGACCGUUACUAGCCGCUGGCAAAAUGAGUCCUUGCGACGACAACAACGCCAACAACAACAACCAUCUGAAACAUCGCAAACUCCAACUCCACCAAUACCGCCACCACUGCCACCACUGACCCGUGCAGGAAGCUUGCCGAAAGAUUUAUGCAAAAGUGUGGUUUCUGGUUAUAUUUCCACGCAUCAAUCGCAGGAGCAGCUGGUGGGACAGGUAAUUGACAAGCUGCAGGUGGAUGUGGCGUUGCAACGAGAUUGCGAGCAACUAAGGCAAGCAGAGCCAGAAAAUGCAGACAACAAUGAAUCCGUAGCUGCAAUUGCUAUCGAAACCUCAAAUCAAGAUCGUCUCAGAGAUCCGUUAGUUGAGCAACGACAGCCGGCCGAAGAAUUUGCAAUGCAACAACUAAAUCAACAGCAAUCAGCAAUUCUACCAAUAACGAAAAGUAACCAAAAACCAUGCGACCAACAGAAUGCGCAAUCAAGUGAAAUCACAAUUCCAAGCAGCAGGAUUAACGCCCACUCUGCGGAAGCCACGAGAGCUGCUCACGGCACUGCUGCAGCGACAGCAUCACAGCUGGCUGCACAGAAGGUGGUAACAGACGAAUCAACAAUAACGGGUUUAGCUUCAGGAGGACUACACAGCCGUACGAUUGCCGGGCGUCGAGGCAAAUUAACGCUGCAUAUCAAUGGAGACAAUAAAAACUAUCUUGAGUCGGACAGCACGGAUGGUUUCGAUACGUACAAAGCCACCUACGAAAUACCUAGCCCCUGUUUUAAGCAGCAAAUAAUCUGGAAGCAAACAGUCGAUGUGCCACAAAUUAAAGACACCAAAUUCGCCACUGCCUCAGAGCUAGGCAGACACAGCGAAGACAACAACGAUAUGCAUUUUGAUGCAAAAGCCGGGGAUGAAGCAACUGCAAGCAAUCAAUCACUUACAGCCAAGCUUCAGUUUGUCAAACAGCAAUCAAGAACUCCCUCGCCAGCCACUUUGAAAACACGUCUACAGCCACCUACCGCCACUCGAUGCUCACGCAGUCGCUCCAAAAGCCCAUGUCCCACGCAAGCCAACCGCUCACCCACGCGCAAAUAUCCCGCCGCAUUAAUUGAGCCUAACGCACCGACCCGUGCCGCCUCACCAUUCGGUCUGAAUCCGCUCGACAUCACCGACCUGAUUGAUGACACUACACACGAGUACGGUGACAAUGGUGUGGAGCUCUCCAAACGGACUUCGAGCGCUCAAUUAGGCGACACCAAAUUCGCCAGCUCGCCUGCAACGUGUAGGCUGUUGGCCGAGUUUGUGCCACAGGUGGAAGGUCACAAUGUUGGUUUAUUGGUGCGUGCAUCUGUGGAUCCACAAUCACAGCAGCAGUGGGAGAGAAAAGUGCGGAGUGUGCCACAAGCCAUCGCCGCGCAAUGCAACGAAAAGGCGCAAAUUGAAAUGGACAAUGCACUCACGCACAGCGCCGCCACGCAUUAUGCUGAUGCCGCGUCUAGUGAUGAUGAUGUUGACUACUGUGUCGACGAGCGGCAACAGCAUAUCGCCGAUGGUGACAAACACUCCAUAAAAGGUCCUUCGCCAGCGGUCCCUUUAACACCAUCUCCAUCCUUGGCAUACUGUGCACGUGCUGGCAGCUGGCAACCGAUGAUGAGCGAGCGGGUGCAUGACGCCUGCCGUAAUGAAACGGUGACGACACCAACACAGUCGUUGGCGGGCAGCAGUGUUGCUGAUUCAAACGCCACCGCAGUCGGGAUGGGAGAAUCAGAUUUUCUGCCUGCACGCCAGCGGGGACACCGCCGCGAAUCGCGACAAGAGGAAGUAGUCCUGGACAACGACAGCCGGCAGCAAAGCCUAGAUACUGUUGGUGAGCCUACAGUCGCAACGCCACGUGAGUGUGGCAUUAUUAAUCGCUCGUUCGAUAAUGUUUCACCGCGUCCCUACAUCAGCGUCGAAGGUUAUAAGCGCGUUGCUUGGCCGCCCGUAUCCGAGGAGCGCGUUGUUAGGGAAUUCACGCCCCAACCAACCUCUGGCCACUACCCCGUGUCGGGCUCGCUACCACAACAGCCAGGACAACAGCAGCAGCCACAACACUUGCAGCAGCAGCAGCAGCCACUUCAACAGCAACAACAACAACAGCCAGCUGCGCCAGCCAACCAGGGUAUCAUUUAUAAUAACGUCAGCCGUGGUGUUCGCGAUAGCACAUCUCAUCCUUAUAUACAACCACAACAAUAUCAUCAGUCGCAACAGUCGCAACAACAACCCAUACAAUAUACCCAAGCACAAUUUAACCGCCAACCCUCACAUGAGCCAGCUGGUUCACCAUAUGGACAACCUUUAAGCGACCAGUACGGACAGCAGAAAACGGCCUCACACUACCCAACGCACAACUACCCCAUUGAACAGCAACAACCUGAGCAACAAUAUGAACCGAAUGCCUCAGCUGGUUGGAGACCUAUCCACCCGCCUGUGCCUAAGGCGCGUAGUGAAUUCCUAGCAAAUCCUGUAGGUGGCACACCAUUUUAUCCUAGCCGGAGCCAACAAAAUCCAUCUACACCACAGUAUCGUGCAACAUCUUACGAUCAAUAUCAAGCGCCACCGCAGGCACAAAAAUAUCCGCCUCACCAGGGGUCGCAACCUCCUUACGCUCAGCAGCCCUACUCGCAGCCGCAGCAACAGCAGCAACCGUCUUGGGCGCAUAAUCAACCUGCCCAACAAUAUCAACCGGUUCAGGCGCCUUAUCAACAGAGACCUCCGCAGCAACAAUAUCAGGCAGCUCCUCCAUCUAAUUAUCAAUCGCAAGCAUAUCAUCAAACUCCUCAACAACAACAGCAACCCCAACAAUAUUCGACUGUACCACAAUCCAAUCAAUAUAAUUCUUAUCCACAGCCUCAACACGUUGGUCAGGAUCAGCCCGAUCACCAAGCACAGAAUUUGCCACAAGAUUACCGCGGCGGAAGUCCCGGAAUUAUAACGCUGCGCAAGGAGGCACCCGUUACGCAAAAGCCAGCCCCUGUUUACAACGCACAACCAGCGACCGUUAGCUUUCAAGGAGGCAGCAACAUGCGCGGAGACUUGAAGUGGCCACCGCCAGAAUAUAAAGAAGCCGCAAUACGCGAAAAUGAAGAACGGCGCCAACUGGCCCUGGGACCAGUAUGCCGCCCACGGAAAGUCAAUCGCGAUUACACAACAUUCUUCGCCAAGAACGCGCUGAACAGCUACUACCCCAGCUACAAGACACCACCAGGCACACAACACAUGUUCGCCUAAAAGGUAUGAACACCAGAUUGCUGAACCCUCGAAACAAAUAAAUGAAACAAUUUCGCAAAAAACAAUAUAUCACAAAAAAUUAAAAAAAAAAUAAAUAAAAAACAAAAAUACAUUGGAAAAUGACGAAAAAAUGUAAUUAACUGUACAUUAUAACGAAAAGAGACAUCAACUAAUCACGAACUAACCAAACGGAGCAUUGAAAAGCAGAAAAAAAUAUACUACGUCAAAUUUACACUAACGAAUUUUGUUCUCAAAUCUGUACAUGGAUAAUCGAGAUGUGUAGGGAUAGGUUAGCCCUUUACCCAUAACGAAGUGCUUGGGAAUGUGUGAGUCUACGAGUUCGUCGGCUGUUCGUUUGUGCUCAACGAAGCGGGGGUACGUUAAAAACUGCAAAAUGAUACACGGUAUUCUACAGCUACAACAACUACGCGUGCCACUGGCCUUUGAACACGCCCGCAACAGCGAGAACCCAGCGGCCAAUGCAUUCAAAAAUCGAUGUUCUCACAUACACAUUGUGUGUAUGUGAUAAUUUUCUGUUAAAUUAGAAUUAUUUAUUUUCGUUCUACAAUGAAUUCGACUGGCACCGUCCAUACGCACAUGUACAUACAUAUGUAUAUGCAUGUACUGCGUGUAUGGAAUGGACCAAGUUAGCAUUGAUUUAUUUGGAAAAAAUUUGAUUUUUAGUUGUAAGUGAACAAACGACGCCCACUCGAUGUAAAUUAGUUUUGCAUACAUAAAUACUUGGAAACCUGCCUAAGAUGAACUCCAUCUUAGCACGUUGGCGCAGAACUACAAAAACGUUUCACGAAAACCCGACGCCGACAUGAAAUGAGUUUUCAAACCAAAUCAAAUGAAAAUACAAAACUGAAAACUGCAAACUAGCAAAAUACAAAAAUUCUGAAGCGAACUACGGCAUAUGGAUGAUGGUUAUACGAUUUUGACAAAACGGAAACAUUUUAAAUUUUAUUUAAAAACUGCUUCUUCGAAAGCAAAGAAGUUGUAAUUUAUUUUAAUUGAUAAUGUGUUUAUUAAUUUAGUUGCAUAAACUUGCAACAUGCAGAUUUUUAAUUUUGUUUCAUUUAAAAUUGUUAUUGCAUAGAAAAUACAAAAAAAAAAUACAUAAAACAAUAAUUAAUAUAUUAAUUAAUGGAAUAUAUAUUAAAUAUUAGUUUUCUCCAAUUAUUAUUAAGGAAAAGAGCAUACCUAGCGUAUAAAUAUAUAAUACAUAUAUAUAUAUAGAAACAGUCACACCAACAAACAAACUGUUGCAGACCCUAGUUGUAAGAGUAGCAAAACGCAAAACAAAAUUAUUUUAGUAAAAUGUAAGAAUAGGAGCAGUGUACAUUCAGGCAACAAAAACCAUGUUGCAUGAUCGGAAAUCACUAAGAUAUAUUGAAACUUGUGAAAGUUAUGUAACAAAUGUAUAUGAGAAUACAUAGAAAGUUCACAUGGUGACUACAUAUGUGCAUCUAUCAGAGGUGUAAGUCAAUAAAUCUUACGUAUAAUUCAUGAAAUCACUUUACCUCAGUGCACACACUUUGCGCCAUUAGGCUGGUUAACUGCGGCAAGUGGGCGCUCGCUUCUCAGGCUAUAACUAUUUAACAACGAGGAUGCCAUUAUAGCCUUUGGGCGGCGCCGGCUGGCCCCGGGUUCCCACGCAUGGUUGCACCAAUGUGAUAUUGCACUGAUCAUUUAUGAUAUUUAACCAUUUAUGCGAAUAUAAAUACAUAUAUACACAUAAAAUAUGUAUGUAUUUGUAUGUCAUUAUAACUCGAACCGACUACCGGCAAAUUCGUACUGGCUUUACGACUCGAUUAUGACAAAAAAUCACUGAUUUGAAAGAAAAUCACACGACGUACUUCCAAACGGAAGGAGUACGCACACAUAGAGAAUGGUUUGUUUCGCCACCAAAUCAUUUAAUAUGAAAAAAUCGGAAAAUCAAAAAAAAAAAUACAAAAAUAUGCCAAUAAUACAACAUCUGCAAACAUUAUUAUCCAUAUAUAUAUAGUAUACACACACCUGAUAUCGAAUUGGCAACAUAAGUCAUAAAUGUGUAAUUUUACUAAAAAAAACGGAGAGCUCGACGAGCUCUUCAAAAUUCAGUGUUUUGCUAAAUUGGCAUAAAAGAUAACCCCAACAUUUUAUUGUUCAUAAUAUUGUAUUAUCUAACUCGACAAUUAACAGUACAUUGUAAAAGAUGUGAUUAGUUGAUGGAUUAAGAAGGUACACAACUACAUUAGAAUAAAACUUGAUGAAAUCAAAUAAAUGUAAAUUUGUACAUCUCUCUGACCAAACGAA